AUGGGGCUACCCUUGAAAAGUAUCCAGAAGUAUCCAGAGUGUGGCUGUACAAGCUAUAUUGGGUGCCCAAAGAAAGGCACAGGUAACACCUCUUCCCUGAAAAUUGCACUGGGUGCCAGUUUGCUUCCAGGCCAAAUUCAAGGUGUUCAUAAAGCCCUACCUGGCAUGGGGCCAGGCCAUGGAAUUGACUUUCUCCAUCCCAUCAUCCCAUCCCACAAGAUGAGGCAGAGAAGAAGACAAGCUCAGUUUUAUUGGAAAAUUGUGUCCUUCAUUUGUGCUGUCCAAAACAUCAACCGGGAUCCAAAUAUCUUACCCAACAUCACUCUGGGCUAUACAAUCCAGAACAGCUAUUUUGACGUAAGAAUGACUUCAGAUGUUCUGCUGGAUUUGCUUUCAACUGGAAAGGCUAACAUCCCCAACUACAGCUGUGGAAGACAGAAAAACAUCCUGGCUCUCCUUGAAGGCACUGCCACGGAUAUCUCCAUCCAGAUUUCAUCCAUGUUGGCUACCUACAAAAUCCCACAGGUCAGUUAUACUUUUGCUUCACAUGUGCUAAGUGAUAAAACUCAUUUCCCCUUUUUCUAUCGAACUGUUCCUUCAGAAGGAAUGCUCUACUUGGGAAUUGUAAAACUCUUCCAUCAUUUCAAGUGGACUUUAAUUGGGCUUCUUUCUAUAGAAUCUGAUGAUGGAGAAACCUUCCCCCUGCCUUCUUCCAAGUGUGUGGAGCGCUGCCAUCCAGGGUUUGUCAAAGUGCCUCGGGAAGGGGAACCCCUUUGCUGCUACAAUUGCCUUCCUUGUGCAGAAGGGACCAUCUCCAAUUGGGAAGAUGCAAAAAAAUGCCUAAAAUGUCCAGAAGAUCAACAUCCAAACAUGGCCAAAGUUCAGUGUACUCCCAAGAAGAUAACUUUUCUGUCCUACCAGGAAUUUUUAGGGAUCAUCCUAGUCUCUUUUAUCUUAUGCUUUUCCAGCAUUGCUGCCCUGGUGUUAGGAAUCUUUAUUAAACAUAGAGAAACUCCCAUUGUCAAAGCCAACAAUCGGGAUCUCUCCUACAUCCUCCUGGUCUCCCUCCUGCUUUCCUUUUUGACUUCCUUUCUCUUCAUUGGUCAGCCAAGAAGGUCCACCUGCCUUCUCCGUCAAACAACAUUCAGCAUCAUUUUCUCACUUGCUGUCUCUUCUGUUUUGGCCAAAACCAUCACAGUGGUGUUGGCCUUCUUGGCCACAAAGCCAGGACACACCAUGAGGAGAUGGCUGGGAAAAACUUUGACCAACUCUAUUGUUAUUUCUGGUUCUAGUGUCCAGAUUGCCAUUUCUGCCAUUUGGUUGGGAAUCUCUCCUCCCUUUCCAGAUUCUGACAUGCAUUCCCAGGCUGGAGAAAUUGUACUGCAAUGCAAUGAAGGCUCUGUUGCCAUGUUUUAUGGUACCCUGGGUUAUCUGGGCAUCCUGGCCACCAUCUGCUUCACCGUGGCUUUCCUGGCCAGAAACCUGCCUGGGGCCUUCAAUGAAGCCAAGCUGAUCACCUUCAGUAUGCUGGUCUUCUGCAGUGUCUGGGUGUCGUUUGUGCCCACCUAUGUGAGCACCAAGGGGAAAUAUAUGGUAGCUGUACAGGUCUUCUCCAUUCUGGCCUCCAAUGCUGGACUGCUGGGCUGCAUCUUCUUCCCUAAAUGUUAUAUUAUUUUACUAAGACCAGAUCUGAACACCAAGGAGCACCUAGCAAUAAAAGUAAAAUAG